UUUAAAUUCUACAUACAUAUAUGCAUACUACAACGUACCUACAUAAAGGUUGAUCUUUUCUGAUUUACUAUCAACCUUUGUCAAUCCCUUCAAAGAGCUCUCUCUACCUAGGUAUCUCGAGACCUCGCUCAAUUCAACUCGACUGAAUUCAAUUCGAUUCAGCAACCCCACACCCCACAAACGAUGCCCCGCCAGCUAACCCCACUGGACCCCGAAGCCGUGCUUGUGAUCCGGGAUGUUCUCCCAAACAUCACGACUCUCUCUCUGCCUUUCGCGCGCUUCGGGAUUUUGAAAUUCGGGGGUCGCGCUACCAUCGUAAAACUCAGCACCGGAAACCUCGCCAUCUUCUCCCCCACACCCCUCACACCCAGCGUCUACGCCACGCUCUCCCGUCUCGGAAACCAGGUAUCUUACAUCGCGGCCCCGGAUCUCGAGCAUUACCUCUCUUUGCAAUCCUGGAGUCUUGCGUUUCCUCACGCGCGACUUAUCUGUCCAUCUGGCCUUCCCGAGAAACUUGCCUCGCAACGCCAACAAUCCCAAUCCCAAUCCCAACCCCCCUCAUCUCCCUCUUCACCCCCGCAGCAGCAGCCCCCACCUCUAGAAUUCCACACCGUCAUAUCCCGCACCCAGAAAUCCGUGACGCCAGAAUUCGACGCUGAAUUCGAUAUCGAAUUCGUGGACGUGCAUCCCAAUCGAGAAAUCGCAUUUUUCCACCGCCCGACGAAAACACUCAUCCAGGCUGAUUUAUUGUUUAAUUUACCGCCCAAGGAACAGUAUUCGAGAACGACGGAGGGGAGGAACGUUUGGGAUUGGGUGCUGGGGGGAUUGGGGGGGACGGGGGGAAAGGCGUGGGGGCAGAGAUGUAUGGUUUGGUAUGUUUUUGGGAGGGCGGAUAGGGAGGCGUUUGGGAGGAGUGUGGAGAGGAUUAGGGGGUGGGGCGUUAGGAAUAUAAUCCCGUGUCAUGGGGACGUGGUGCUUGGGGAUGGGGGCGAAGUGUGGGAGAGGGUUAUGAAAUGGUAUUUGGCGGGGAAGAAGGGGAGGUAGGCUGUGGGUGUGGCUUUUGGGGGAAGGUCGGCUUGCCUUGAUAUCUAUCUAUCUCUUCAUCUCUCUCUUCUAUUCUUAAUCUAUAUCUAAUCUCAGGCAG